AACGAGUUUUUAUUGUUCCUUGUGUGGAGUAAAGAAAGACAUACUGACUAAACUAAAUAGGCUACCCAACUCUAAUUUUAUUGAAAUGUCUAAACUACAGAUGUUGUGUGUGUUUUUAAAUGAGCGUUUAACGGCGGCUGCUGUUGAUAUUUUUGAGGCAGUUGAGAAAACGGUAGUAGAGUACCAGGAGGAGAAUGAUCGGCUACGGAGACUUCUGCGGAGGACACCAGAGAUACAACAAUGUAGAAUAGUCCCUCCAGAACCCCUGCAGCUCUCUGUCUCUGAAGAGGAGGUUCCCCCUGAGCAGCAGGAGUGGAGCCCCAGUCUGGGGCAGAAGGACCCAGAGACCACACAGAUUAAAGAGGAACAGGAGGAAGUCAGGACCAGUCAGGAGGAAGAGCAGCUUCAAGGGGUGGAGCCUGAUGUCAUAGAGUUCAUAUUUACUCCUUCCUGUGUGAAAAGUGAAUGUGAUCAGGAGGACCCACGUCAAGAACCCAUACUUGCUGAACACCCAACUCUCAGUCCACUGAAAAUGUCUAAACUACAGUCGUUUCGAGAGUUUUUAAAUGAGCGUUUAACAGCGUUUGCUGCUGUGGAGAUUUCUGGGGAAUUUGCGAAAGCAGUAGCAGAGUACCAGGAAGAGAAUGAUCGGCUACGGAGACUUCUGCGGAUCACACCGGAGAUACAACUAUGUAGAAUAGACUCCCUGCAGCGCUCUGUCUCUGAAGAGGAGGUUCCCCCUGAGCAGCAGCACUGUGAGCAGGAGUGGAACCCCAGUCUGGGGCAGGAGGACCCAGAGACCACACAGAUUAAAGAGGAACAGGAGGACCUGAAGAGCAGUCAGAAGGAAGAGCAGCUUCAAGGGGUGGAGCCUGAUAUCAUAGAUUUAGAUUUCACUCCUCCUUGUGUGAAAAGUGAAUGUGAUCUGGAGGACCCACUUUGGUCCUUUACUCUUCCUCAAACCAAGACUGAGGAAAACAUUGAGAGUGACUCUAAACCAGUGGAUCUCAAACCUUUUAUCACUGUGACGCACAUUAAGGGUCUCAACAUUCCCUGUGACCCUCCAGAUAAUCAAAACAAUGCCUCCAGCCACAGCUCAGCUGUAAGCAGCGACACAGUAGGACUUGACAACAGUCCACCAUUGGGUCCCAGCCCACUAUUGGAUCUCAACUCACCAUUGGAUCCCAGCCCACCAUUGGGUCCCAGCCCACUAUUGGAUCUCAACUCACCAUUAGAUCCCAGCCCACCAUUGGGUUCCAGCCCACUAUUGGAUCCCAGCCCACCAUUGGGUCCCAGCCCACUAUUGGAUCUCAACUCACCAUUGGAUCCCAGCCCACCAUUGGGUCCCAGCCCACCAUUGGAUCUCAACUCACCAUUAGAUCCCAGCCCACCAUUGGAUCCCAGCCCACCAUUGGAUCUCAACUCACCAUUAGAUCCCAGCCCACCAUUGGAUCCCAGCCCACUAUUGGAGGAACACUGUUCCAAACCCAGCACCACAUCUAGAAGAACUCACCACUGCCGUGACUGUGGUAAAACGUUUGCUCUGAAAGCUGACCUGCAGAGACAUGUGACUCUCACCAAGAAGAGACUCAGUGAAUGCCGCUUCUGCAAAAAACGCUACAACUCCACCUGUCAACUGAAGGCCCAUGUCCGACUCUGUCACAGUGGGAAACCCUGCACCUGCCCUGUUUGUGGCAAGACCUUUAAAUACAAAGGAGUUCUGCCCAAGCACAUGAGGAUUCACCAAGGACAAAAAUCUUUAAGCCGUGUUGACUGUGAGAAAAGCUUCAGUCACAAGGAUGCCCUAAACUUGCAUAAACUGACUCACACUGGAGAAAAAACAUUUAGCUGUGGUGACUGUGAGAAAAGCUUCAAUCUCAAGAAUAACCUAACCAGGCAUAAACUGAUUCACACAGGAGAGAAACCAUUUAGCUGUGGUGACUGUGGGAAAAGCUUCAGCCUCAAGAAUAACCUAACCAGGCAUAAACUGAUUCACACAAGAGAGAAACCAUUUAGCUGUGGUGUCUGUGGAAAAAGCUUUAGUCAGAAAGGGGACCUAGGGAGGCACAAACUGACUCACACAGAUGAUAAACCAUUUAGCUGUGGUGACUGCGGGAAAAACUUCAGACAGAAAGGGGACCUAAGGAGACACAUACUGACUCACACAGGAGAGAAACCAUUUAGCUGUGGUGACUGUGGGAAAAGCUUCAAUCAGAAGGGGGACCUAAGUAGGCAUAGACAGACACACACAGGAGAGAAACAACAUGGCUGCUCAGUCUGUGGUAAAAGAUUCAUUCGUAAGGCUCAUCUGCUGAAGCAUGUGAAUAACGUCCACAACGAAAGAAAACAGGAUGAAAACAAGAACAACGAAAAUGAGGAUUAAAAUCUAGUUAGGACAAAGAGGAUCUGCGGUUAUAGCAGAUGGGAAUUAAAAGACAGGAUGUGAACACUUAGAAAAACAAAGCAACUCUGCAUUAUUGACGCUGUGGUUUUUCAAAUAAAUGAAUGUGUGAUGGAUUUACUUUUUGUGAAACGUUUUAUACGAAUAAAGUUUUAAUUUGAACGAUGAGGUAAUGUUCAAAGAGUAGCAUCCCAGUAUUAUGGGGAUCUCACAAAUCUGAGGGAUUUACUACAAAGCAGGAGUUAGCCAGCUGGCCAUGCCUAAAUAUUCUGAUAUCAUUUUUAAAAAAUAUAUAUUUUUUAGACAUUUCUAAUGGUCUAAUUGAUUCAACAAACAAAAAAACACAAAUUUAAGAUUUUUUUAAAUGACCCAGAAAAGCAGUAGUUAUAUCUGGUUGCUUAUCAAAGAUCAACAGCUAAAUCCUUGAUUCUGCUUUGUAGUAGACCCCGCUGCUAUUACACGUUAGUCAUUUAGCAGACGCUCUUAUGCAGAACGACUUACAACUUACAGGAGCAAUUAGGGUUAAGUGCCUUGUUCAAAGGGCAUAUCAACAGAUUUUUCACCAAGUCGGCUCUGGGAUUUGAACCAGCGACCUUUCGGUUACUGGUCCAACCCCCCUUAACAGCCUGGCUACCUGCCGAUCCUGUCUAAAGUCUGUUGAUGUUUUCACAUCAUAAAAAAUAUAUAUUUUAUCUGUUUGUUUUGAAAUGUCUCUCAGGGUGAUGAGAGA